CUCAUUGGUCCCUCCGCCCGUCAGUCACGCGGCGGCCCGCGGGCUCGGGAGGCGGGUUAGGCAGUCCCGGGACAUGGCGGAAGGUGGAGGCUGGCAGCCGCCGCGCCCGUGCGAGGCCUACCGCGCAGAGUGGGAGCUCUGCAGCAGCGCCGGCCACUUCCUGCGCCACUACUACGUCCACGGCGAGCGGCCGGCCUGCGGGCAGUGGCGGCGCGACCUGGACAGCUGCCGCGAGUGGGAGGAGCGUCGCAGCGCCGAGGCCCAGGAAAUCAGGACACAGACACAGAGGGAUGAUCACGUGGGUACACGAGAAGAUGGCCGUCUACACGCCAAGGAGAGAGGCCUUGGGAGAAACCAGCCCUGCCGACACCUGGAUCAUGGGCAUCCAGCCUCUGGAACUGAGAGAAAUAAAUGUGAGUUGUUUCAGCCCCUUGGUCUGUGGUGUUUUGAUCCGGUGCCAGAGCUCACUCAUACACUCCCUGCUCCAGACUAACAGCGGCCUCUGCCUGGCCAGGUGUCAUGCCCUCCUGGAGGACACAUGGCCUCACGCAGUGGGGUCCCUGCCGCUCGACACUCUCCUCAGCCUCCCCCAUACCCCGCAGCUUGAAACCCAAAGCCAGCCCUGCCUCUCCUCCGGGUGCAGGCGACACACCGCACAGCGGCAUGUCCUUCACCUCCGUUCCUGAGGUCACUUUGUGCCUCUUGCUGGUGGCAUCUGCCCCACACAGUUGGAAUCCUUUUCACUGGAGGGCAGUGAUCAAUGUUUUGGCCUUCCUCUCCCCAGUACCAGGCAAAGAAGGGCAGCCUCCCCAACCCCCGUGCACGCUCAGGUGAAUUAACUGUGACUCUGACCUAAGACAGACACUUGGUUAACGCAUUUAUUCACAGCAGGCCUGAGCCUGGGGGUGCAGGCUCCCGAGGGCAGCAUCCUGAGGGCAGCUGCCUGCAGCUCUAUCUCUUGAACUCCACCUGUGUGUACACCUUGGUGAUGUCGUGGUACCUGCCUUCCGGGGGCUGGUAGUUGGUGAUCGGCGGCGUGUAGUCUGGCCCUUGUCUCUCAAAGGGAAACAGACUGGGGUCCCGCUUGGUGGCCUCGGCAUGGAGUUCUGGGGCCGUGAGCUUCAGCUCCUGCAGAGCUUCCUGCUGGGCCUCGAGCAGGGACGCAAUGGCGCCCCUCUCCAUCUCAUGCUCACACUGCUUGUACAGUGACCAUUUCUUCAGAAGCAGGGCUCUCCGCUCAUUCUCUUCAAAGGGGAGUUCCACUGGCGGCCGCUGCCUGGGAACACAGAGCCAAGGGCAUGAACCUGGGGGCACCGACCGACUGCACGGGACCCGAGUGUCCCCACUGCCAGAUGCAGAUGGAACUUAGGGACAAAUUAAGGGACAGAAUGUUGGACGUGGCAGCAGCGGCAACUGACACCUAGAACCACUGCCGUUUUCUUUACGUGAAGAAAAGAAACAACAGUGCUCUCAGCAGAUUGUGGCAGCACGUCCUGUGUGCCAAGCAGAGCCUGCUGGUGGGGAAACGUGGCUUUGGAGAAAAGUCAAAUGGUGUUAUGAAAACGGACACCAAUAUCCCAGGGAGUCAAGAGCCUGUAUCAGCCCUGGAGACCCAAAAAUGCACCUGCCUUGUCCCACUUACAUGGCGAGGUACUACUUUAUAAAUGGUACGCACUUCUGAGAAGAAGGCAGCAAUUCCACCAACCCCACACACGACACAUCCCAGCUAUGAGCAUCUGCAUCCUAGAGCAGGCGGCUAAGGGUUUCCUACCAGCAGGAAGGGGUAAGAGCUGCAGGCCCAGGGCCCCAGUCGUCAAUCACAGCUAAACUCCUCUGCAAGAGCAACACUCCAAACUCGCUCCAGCAUCUGCCCUGAGCUUCCUUCCCACAAUCAGCCAUUCAGCAGCAGCGCCCAGGAAUGCUUUCUCCACCUCCCACGAGACAAUCCAGGAGAAGAGGACUCAGAACAGGGCCAAGCCAGCCCAAGCCUAUGACCCCUUCCCAUUGCAGGUGUGAAGUGCAGACGGAACUUCCUGAAGGUCACAGAACUCCUUUGCUCUGAAGACCUCAACCCUAGAGGGCCCGUACCUCGCUUUAUUCAAGAACUUGACGGGCGUGAUAAAAUCCUCAAUGGGAACGAGCUCCUGGCUCGCCUUUUCCAGUCGUCGGAUCCUCUUUUUCAAGCGCUCCUUUGCUGCUUGGUCUUUUUUAGGGUCCACCUUCUUCUUCUUUUGCAGAGGUUCUGCUCUAAAGGAUAAAGCAAACACUAAACAUUUUCCUCUUUGGCCUUGUGAACGUGCAGAGACAUGGCACUAGGGAAAGUGCCUGCAAACUUGUACUGAGCUCUCCCGCGGGAAAGGACUGUGUGGGCCUGGCCUCCCACUGAGUGUGGCAGGGAGACGGCCUCCACGGGGGGUCCUCAUGAGAACUGUGUGGGCACGGUCAACCCAGGAAGGCGUGGAAAAACUCCAUGGGGUGUCAGGGUAUAAAUUAAAGGGAAGUGCUCAUCUUUAGUGAGGGGUUUCAGGUGGGCCUUGGGAUAGCACUGAAAAGUGAAAAUACCAAACUGAUGAAUUAGAAGCUCGUUACAUUAUUUAUUUAUUAAUUGAAGUAUAGUUGAUUUACAAUGUUGUGUUAAUUUCUGCUGUACAGCAUAGUGACUCAUAUAUACAUUCUUUUUUAUAUUCUUUUCCAUUAUGCUUUAUCUCAGGAUAUAGAAUAUAGUUCCCUGUGCUACACUAUAGGACCUUGUUGUUUAUCCAUUAGAAGCUCGUUACUCACAUUUUAAAUGGAUUUGUGAUUUAUAAAAAUGAUUUGACUAAGAGAGACAGUAUAAUAAAAAUAACUGGCAAGUUCCUGUU